AAUAAUACAAUCAGUCUCGCGAUUCCCAGUUAUAAAAAGGUUGGUUUUCGAGAUAAUUGUUAUUCACUUUGUUAUCAAAAGGAGCAGGAGCAGUAAAUUUCAUAGCAACAGAAAUGAAAACAAUCUUACUUUGUCUGCUCAUUUGCGUGGCACUUGUGUCAGCACUUGAACCAUCUUGCAGAAGUGACCCUGAUAGAUGUAGCAGUGAUAAAUGUUGCGUGGAAUUUGGACCUAUUGGAUACUGCAGACCACUCCUUAAAAAAGGAGAUAAAUGUGAGUUGAAAUCACUGAAAUCCUCCUUCAACAGACAUGUUUACAUGCUGAAAUGUCCUUGCGGAGAGGGUCUGACUUGCGAAGAGGAUGAUAGCGGAUCGACGCUAUUGGGAAAAUGUGUUGAGAAGUAAACGAAAAUUUGUGAACAUGGAAAACAAAGUGAUGGUUUAAGCUCAAAAAAUAAGUCUCAAAUGCCAUCUAUAUGGAGACUUAAUUUGUUUUCAAAUAAAAUGCUUUUUGAAUAA